GGAAGUUGGGGGAGGUGGCGGUUGUGGCAGUUGUGGGGAUCCUGGCACAGUGCUGCCGCGCCUGUUGACAUAUGUAGGCAGGAAGAGCUGACUGCUAAAGAGAAGAUGACAUCUCUAGAAAAAGCUGAUGAUGCCUCAUCACCCGUCCGAGGACCUGGAGAUGGCAUGGAAACAGAGCAGACAGCUGAAUCGGUGGAAGUAAUCACUGGAACCACCACCACAAAUCAUCACAUCCACCACAGCCCACAUAAAAAGACAGUCUCUUCCCUGAGUCCUGGAGUUCUGCAGCUAGGGAAAGUCCCUGCUGAUAAAUCAGUGGAGGUUGAAGCUAUUCGCAUAUUAGUCCCCAAAGCAGCUAUCACCCAUGUUGUUCCUACUAAAAAUGCUAAGGUGGCUAAAUCAGCAGGACAUAAAGGAGACACAUUACAUCAGUCAGACGGACCCGCAGAUCCCAAGAAAGAACAGAUAGAGCUGAAAAAUGCAAUUGAAAAGCUAAAGAAUUCAGAAAAACGGUUGUUACAGGAUAAAGAAGGCCUCUCUAAUCAGCUACGCAUACAGACAGAGGUGAAUCGGGAGCUGAAGAAAUUACUUGUUGCUUCUGUUGGAGAUGAUCUGCAGUAUCACUUUGAACGGAUGGCUCGUGAAAAAAACCAGCUAAUCCUGGAAAACGAAGUCCUGGGCCGGAAUAUGUCUCAGUUAUCUGAACAAUUAGAGCGCAUGUCUAUACAGUGUGAUGUGUGGCGAAGCAAAUUCCUGGCAAGCAGGGUUAUGGCUGAUGAGCUAACUAACACCAGAGCAAUUCUUCAGCGUCAAACGAGGGAUGCACAAAGUGCAAUCCAGGACUUGCUGAAUGAACGUGAUCAGUUCCGUCAGGAGAUGAUUGAUACACACAAGCUGCUGGAGGAGCUGAUGGUUUCUCUUCAAUGGGGCAGACAACAGACAUACUAUCCUAGUGCCCAACCUUACACUACAACAGAGCUAGCAGCUGUGAAUUGUAAGCUGGCCAAAGCUGUAAGCUCACAUCUUCUUGGAGAUGUUGGCGCUAACAGUCCUAAAAAGACUUCAACAGCUGUGGAGUUCUGCAACACUCCUGCUGAGAAAAUGGCUGAAAUGGUGCUACGUGUACUGGAUCCAGCUGCGCGUACAGAAACAUCAACAGAAGUUUCGUUUUCUGAGACUUCUCCGUCUUCCUUCCUUUCCACAAAGAAGAGCAUUGGAAGGUUUCACCCAUAUACAAGAUAUGAAGAUGUAACUUUCAAUUGUUGCAAUCACUGCCAAGGAGAGCUCAUAGCCCUUUAAAAGCACUACCAAUACACGCGCUCUUUCUGAAGAGUUACACUAGUUGAUAUUCAGCAACCUUCCCUUUUUCCUGUUUCUUUCCACAACGUCUGGGUUUAAUAUUGGAAAUGAUGCAGUUUCUGCUUCUCUAUGUCUUGAAGUUAGGGACUGACAGGAUUUCCUUAGUCUCUGGGAUACGUCUACUACUUUUCAGUCUGGAAAGCUACUUAUUUUCUUCUACAAAGGCAAGACCAGAAAUGUUAUGCUGGUCUGAUUUGUAGAGCAUAGAGAUGUCCUUGCCUAUUUAAGGGUUACGGUCUUAUUAGCAAAUCUCAAUGAAUUUCUCUGUAGAGGGAGAUAAAAGCAUAACUAAAGUGAAUGAAAUGCUGAUAGGUCAUGUUGGGGAAAAAAAAGGCAAUCAAAAAUAUGGUCAUCUCCAUGCUUUUUUUUUUUUUAGAUCUUAGCCAAGGUGAUGAACUGUCCCCAGGUGUAUGUUCAGCCUUUUAAAUUUAAUAAUGAAAUGGAAUAUGUGCAAUUAUUCUUCAUAGCUAUAAGUUCUGAAAGUAAGAGCAUAUACAGUGUUGCAGCCCUCCUGGAAAGAAGGGGAAAGAGCUUGAAUGAACUCUAGCUAUAAUAUGUAAAUAUUAACUGGUUUUAAAUGGAUUCUGGAAAACUCUGCUGGUGAGAUUCUUGUGUUUUCCUAAGUGAAAUAAUGGCUUUUCCAUAUAUUUUAGUUUCUAGAGUGAAGCUGUUACAUAUCUGAUCCCCAGAAAAGACAGGAUGUACCUCCUUUAGUAUGUAGUGUUGAAACCUGACCUAGCAUUAAAAUUCAGUCCCUGCCCAAGGUUGUCUUAGGUGUUAGAGGAAGCUGAAGAUAAGCACUAAGUUUGCACAGGUACAAGUAAAAAAAAUAUAUUUUUUUACCAAUACGGUUUUAUAAUCUUGAUGUAGGUUCAAAGACAAUUUUUGUCAGAUAAUCUGCUAAAUCCAAAGAAGCCUAUUUAAGUUGCACAUGUAAAGAGGAAAAGUAGGAGGAUGCAAAUACGCAUUUUGAUUUCCUAGUUUCGCUCCCAAAUUUAUUAAUUGUAGCUGUCUAGUUUGGGGAAAGGGUUUCUGAAACGGUUGCAUUUACCCAGUUUUCCUUUGAAUAUCGUACCAUGAUCAGAAUAUGUAAUAAGUUCUUGCUGUUGCUGGCCAUGUUUCAGUUUGCAUGAAGAAAACUACAAUAAACUUUCUUUGCUUGCUUUCAAGUUAC